GAAAACAGGUAUAAAAAGAAAAGAACGCAAAAGCUACAAAAAUGGCAAAGACCCUCAAUUCCAUCUGCUUCACCAGUCUUCUGCUCGUUCUCUUGUUCAUUUCAGCCGAGAUCCCGAAGAGUGAAGCUAAUCACUGCGAUAAGUUCUUAGGCGAAGCCACAGUGUCUUACCCAUGUAGGGAAAGAGAGUGUGAAGCCCAAUGCCAUGCGCAUUAUGAGCACUCAUGUAAAGGAGAGUGUGAGGAUCAUGACCAUGAAGAGCAUUGCCACUGCUACGGUUAUUGAAAUACUAUAAUGUUACAAAUAAACUCGUAUCGAAUAAAUUAUAAUAAUACUGUAUCUCUAUAAUGUAAGUGUGGUUUCUUUCCGUUGUAAGUUGUUCGUUUCUGAUAAAAGAGUAGGACGAAGCUAAUGACGGCUUCUAUCUGCGUCUAUAAUAAGAUCAUAUGUUGUAUGCGUUUUCGUUUUGGUAAUAAAACUGUUUUGUGUUGUCUA